GGUGAUCGAGUGGGACACAUGCAGUGCAGGUGGCAUGUAGUUGUUAAGGGUCAGUCAAUUCAGAAGAGGAAGCAAACGGCCAAAAGCCUCAUUCAUCCAAUGUCCGCUAGUUACAUACACACAUACACACACAAACAGCGAUACACUACACCCCUCCUCGAACAAACACGAGGCGGCCUAUCUGUCUAGCAAGAACGAACACCACUCAUUGCCUACCCUACAGGGCACCGAACCAUUGGGACAGCCAGGCGGCGUCUGCCACAUCGUUGAGUGCGCCCGGCAUGCUGGGCGCCUGCGGCCAGUCGACGGCAUCGUAGAAGAGCCUGCUGCUGGAGAAUAGAGGGGUGGACCAGCCGGCAAUGAACUCCAACGCCUCGUUGUACACUUCGUCUGCCUGCACACCACACCACACCACACCACACCGCACCACCAACAAACAAACGACGAGAGACGUGACGGACGGACACCACCACGAGCGGGCCAAGCUGCCUGUCUCUGCUCUCCGCGUAUGUGGCCGUCCUUGCCUUGUCGUUGAGGUACUGUUCGAGUGCCAUGGGGCCGAUGCCGGGGUUGGAGGUCAGGUAUGAGGACACAAGGUUGGCGGCCUCGAUGGUGCGCAUGUACAGGUGGUCGUUGAAUGCACGAACCUUGCUGGGCUCGCUCAUAUACUGCCUGUCGAACUGCAGCCAGGGCACACGACACGGAAGAAACAUGAGGUCGGUGAGACAGUGUGUACGCUGCGUGGCAGAGAAUCGAUCCCUGACGGGUGUCUGUCCCCUCACCACCUACUCUACUCACCCCUUUCUUCUUGGUGGUGACUUUUUCGGCGAACCUGUCGAUCCUCUCGCCGACUUGUCUCUUCUGGCCCUCCCACCCGAGGUCCGCCACUCUGGUGGGCACCCUCUCCCCCAUCAUGCCCCCGCUAAUCGUCCCGCCAGACGAGGGCUGCAGAUGGAACUGCACGAUAGUCGCCACAUCCAUGGCCGUCAAGCCGGGAAACAGUGGCGGCGUGACCCCCGGUAUCCCUCCACCCAAAACCGGAUCCAGCAAAGACGGACCGGUCUGGAGCGGCAUCAGCUCGUUCAAGAGGUCCGUCUCGGCGGGCUGGAGGAGGGACGACGUGCCUCCUGUGAGGCCGGGGAGGAGUGACGGCUGCUGCUGCUGCUGGGGGGUGAGGAGUGCCUCGGCCUCGCUGAGGAUGCCCUGGGCGGCCGCAGCACCGCCGUCCACAAUGCCAGAGGUGGUGGCAGCGAUGCCGCCCAGGGGAUCGACGCCCAUGCCCAUGCCCAUGCCGCCCAUGCCGACUCCCAUGCCGAUGCCUGCGAGCGGCUGGGUCACCAUCGAUUCCAGGCUCGAUGCAGCUCGUCGCACGAGGUAGUCGUCCUGACAAGCAUACAUCAACACACACACACAUACGUCAGCUUUGUGGGUAACUCAGUGAGAGACUGACCACGAGAUUGGUUGAGAGGAGGCUUGUGGAUGUGGGGGCGAAGCCCAGCUGCAGCCUUCUCCUCCGGCUGUUGGCAGCCCUCCCCCUGACGAGGCCGUCGAAGAAUGUCGUCACCUCGGUUCUGACGCUGGUCAUGGCCUCGGUGCCGAGACUGGUGAUGGCCGUGGGGGUCAGGAUGGCCUGGAUGACCUUGUCAAUGUCGCCCGCCUGGAUGGAACCGGCCUUGUCCAUGGUACCCUUGACCGCCUUCUCCGCAUCGGUGCUUCACGAAGAGAACGAAAGACAGAAAGACACACACACACACAUACACUCAUGACGAUGGACGGGCUGGGCUGCAUCUGUGUGGUUGAUACGAUACCCACACAGACACGUGUCUGGAUGCUUCUCACUUACUAUUGUGGGUUGAUGAGGGCAUCGAAUCUGUAGAGGUAGGCGCCCAGCAGCUCCUCACCCAUCGACAUGAUGUAGUUGGCCGGCUCCUCAACUAUACACACACACACACACACAGAGACUGCGAAUAUGUGUGUGACGUUCUGCCUCACUUGUGUGUGUGAUGAUGUUUUCGAUGAAGGCCGUGAUGUCCUUCAUAAAGUUGGGAAGCUCUGAGAGCGGCAGUUGAGUCAAGUAUGUGAUGAGCUGCACACACACACACACACACACGCACAGACGAAUGACAGACACACAAAUGGAGAUGACGUGCAAUGUCUCCCUCCUCCCUCCCCUCCGAGGAAUCUGUGCUAUGCCAGGUCAUGGUGCAGUGCACUGGACGCCCACUUUGUUUAGGUUGCCGUAUGUGAAGGGUGCAACCAUGUCGAUGAAGCCGUGGAAGUGAUCCGGGUCGAACAGAGGCAUCAUGCCCCACACCUGACACACACACAGACACCGUGAGACACAUUAGAUGGGUGCGCGGGGAGGAGAGAACCUCUGCGCAUCCACCCGUCCACCCAUACCGUCUUUGCGACUUUCUCCAGGAAGGAGACCGCGAGUUUGAGGAUCUCCAUCGGGUGCCCCGCGAACUUCUUGAACCCUGCCAGCCACUUGGCCGUCAGCUCUUUACCCCUGUCCGGGAGCUUCCCCAGGAUCUCGGUGAAUUCCUUGAGGAAAGGGAUGUCCGGGGUCACGAUCGACCCGCCAUAGGUCAGCACGUCCAGGAAGGGGAUAGUGGGCGUCGGGAGGCUGCCCGCGAGGCCCGCCAGCGACCCCGCGAUCUUGCUGGGGACGACCAGGAGCUCCUCGAAGGGGUUGUAGAUGGGCAGGCCUUUCGGAAACCCGGCCGGGGGCGGGGGAAUGAGGUCAAGGAGGCCCUUGAAGUACUUGUCCACAUGGAGGAGGUCCGGCACGUGGGGCAGCACUGGGGGCAGGUAGGGCAGCUUGAAGUAGGCCCCGACGAAGUGCUCGGCGAUGGCGAGCCACUCAUGGGCGAGCCUCUCGACGAGGCCCUGGAUCUCUUUGACCACGGGCGGCGUCGUGAUGGCCGUGGGGAGCAGCAUCGACAGGUGGGAGCUGCUCAGCUGGCCCAGCAGGACGUGGUAGCCAUCCACCUGACAUACACACACAUACACACACAUAUAUAGCAAAGCAUCUGUGGCUGUCCCAUCCCACCCCCGAUUCUUCCAACUAUCCCUCACUCACCGCGAGUUUGGGCAGGUACUGGUCGAACAGUGUCUUCUGGUCAUGUCCCGCCUCCUUGUGAUGUCCGUCGCCGCCCAGCCGCAGCAGCUCCAAAAAGGGCGCCAGGACGUGCUCCAGGAAGCCUCCCCACUCAUCCGGACUCAGCAGGUCCAUGACCGGCUUGGGCAGCCCUGUCAGGAGAGAGGGCGUGAUCUCGUAGCCACCCUUGAGAGCGUCCUGGAAGAGCUUGAACAGCCCCUUGUCGAAGCUGUCGGCCAAGCGCUCGAUCGCGGGAAUGCGCAGCUGGGCGUCCUUGAUGAUCGCCGCGGCCACGUCUCUGAGGUAAUUGGCGCGAGAUUUCUCGUUGACGGGGCCUGACAGGUCGAAGUAGCGACGGAACUCGCGCAGCACUGCACACGCAACGUCAUGCAACAGACACAGACACACCACGUAGCGGGAGGGUACAUGUCUCUGCCGCUGCUGCUGGUGCAGAGGUGUGUGUCUGAAUGUCUCACUCUUGCCGCCCUCAUGCGAGACGAAGUUGAUGGAUGCGACGUCCCAGAAUCCGCCGCUGAGAAUCUUGCUGAAUGGCUCGAAGGCCUUGACGAGCUCCUUGACGAACAUGUCCAAGAUCUCCAUAGUCUUGCUCAAAGGGCUCUUGAAGAAACCGGCCAAGGCCUUAGUCGCAGCGCCGCCACCAAUGGGCUUCGUCAGCUCGGGCUUCGUCAGCUCACCCUACGCACACAAUCGAGCAGAGAUGCAGGCGGGACCCCCACGAUUGCCCGUCCGGACCAUCAGGUGGGAUGCGAGAUCGUCGAGGUGCGUGAGUGCGUCGAGGGGCUGGAAGUGGGGCACCUUGACGGGCGGGGGUGGCAGGAACGGCAGCUUGGGGAACAUCUCGGCGUACGUCCUGGCCUCGUAGAACAGCUGCACUCACACACAACAAAGACGGAGGGGGACAUCCAUUGCUUCUGUGGGUCUGUGCUGUGUGGGGGUGCUGUGCUGUGCCGGGCUGUGCUGUGCUGUGCUGUGCUGUGUGUGUCUGGCGUCACCUCCUUGGCCAAGCGGGUCAUGAACUCAUAGACAUCGGUUGUCACCUCUGCCCGCAAGAACCAAGAAAAACUACAUAUUAUAAUCGACUGGUGCAGCAGCAGCACUCUCUUUCUCACUCUCUGCGUAUCCGGCAGCUGGCUGGAGCAGCUUGAAGCCCUCAAUAACAUUGACGCUCAUCAUGUUUUCGAAGACGUGCUUCUCCGCCUCGCAGUCGGCCUUCUCGCAUGAGUAGCCGCCCGCCGCGAGAAUCUUGUGGAAGGUGGCGGCGAGCUGCUGCAUCAUGUGGACGAAUGGCGCCAGGGCCUCCUGCAGAAAGGUGUGGAGCUCCAGGUCGGUAUACUCGACUAUCUUGCCGUUGCGGUCGCCCAUGAAGAUGUCGGCCAGGGGCUUCAGCAAGUCGUAUCCAAUGGAGAUCGGCUGGAUGGCGGUGCUGAGCAGCGUAGGCUCUCGCUCAAUCCCCAGGUUCGUUAUGUACACCUCGCCGGCGGCUUGGUUCUUGCUUGGGGGCUUGCUGGGGUCGUACAUGAGGCGCCGUCUGGCCUUGGGGCCGAAUGUCUGGCUGAAGAAGAGGUCGCAGAGGGACUUCUCAAAGGACUUGUCCGGGAAGCGAUCGCAAGUGGGGAUGCGGGCCGUGACGCCGGCCAGGAGCUCCGUGGCGAGCUUCUCGAAGUAGCUCAGCAGCUCAUUUCGAGGAAGCUUAUCCACCCACCCCUUGCCCAUCUUCAGAAACGUCUCAACAUCUGAAGAAGGGAUGUGGUGCGAGCGUGUGUGUAUGGCGGGUUCUGUCUCUCUCUCUCUUGUCUGUCGAUAGGGUUGCGUACACUUGGCAGCCGUGUGCGAGAUGAAGUCGCGAAAAGCGUCCGCAUAGCCUUUGAAUUCGCCGGCGAUGGUGGUCCACACGCCGAGGGCUUGAUUGUACAUGGGCAUCACGAAGUCGUUGAGGAAUGUCUCAAUCGGCUCGAUCAUGACUUCCAGCCCCAAAGCGGGCAAAACCAUUCCCAGUUCUUCCUUGCCGGUGGGCUGCCUGUUGGCAAACAUGCCCUGAAUAUACAGCCAAGGGAGACACAAGAGACGCGAAAGCAGGCUUUGUAGGUCAUUAUGGUUUAUCAGCCCUUAUAUUGUGGAUACGUGUCGUAUACUACCGAGAUAAGCUUGGUGAGAUCGUCCAGCACAGAAAGCGGCAGGAAGUCGACUUCCGGCGAUGUGUAGAGGCUCCAGCCCUUGGGCCCCAGCGUCUCUAGGUCAAAAGCGAUCAGGCUCUGCAGGUCGACAAUUUCGCCGGGGAAUUUGGUGGGGAUUCCUGUGAGCAGGUCCAACGCCUCCUGAGGCAGAAAACAAGCCAGACAGCAUGACACAUCUUCUGCAGAAGUGAAUGCUCGAGGAACAUGAUUAGUCAAUUGACCGACUGUCGGCGUGUCUCGCCGUCUGUCUGUCUGUCUGUCAUCCUUUUGGCUACCCUGAUGAUCGUGUCGCUAUCGAAUUUGAGCAGCUCCUCAAUGCUGCCUGAAGCAAGCGUGAAUGAGUGAGUGUCGAUCUUCUUAUGUUUCCAGCUACUGUCAAGUUUGAGAGCUACCUUCGAAGUAGAAGUAGGGCGGCAGAUGGCGGGCCAGCUCGGCAGCACGGGUCGUCACGUAGCCCAGCAUAGACGACACCGUGUCCGGAGGGUGGCUGCCCACACGAAUCGCCGCACGCGUCUUGGCCACAACUGCACCCACAACGGCACGCACAAUCAAAAUGCGUCUUCAUUAUGCACACAUGGCGAUGCAUGUCUCCCGUGUGUUGUGUGCGUAUCGACCGAGCUGCAGGAACUCCAGGAGUUUGGGGUAGACAGUGGGCUCGUAUCCCUGGAGGUCGGGGAGCUUCAUGAGGCUCUCCAGCCUGAGUGGCGUGCCCACGACGAUGGCCUUGCGCAGCAGGUCCUCCAGGCCCUCGGCCAUAGUCUUGGGAGUGUCCAUGCCGGCCUCCACUGCCGCGGAGAGCAGGCUGUCCAAGUCCCAUCGCAGGGGGAACUCAUCACUCAGCAACUCUGAACGAGGUACCACAAACGAAGAAGCAAACGAACAAGCAGAGAAACGAGCGCCACUCAAGUUGGUGCACGUAGCUCUUGCUUGUCCUCAUCGUGUACUUGGCGGCUCGUAGUUUCGAAUAGCUACUGGGAAUGCAGUCGCAGUUGUGGCAACCAAACUGAUCGUAACCCCAAGCAGACCAGAAAGCAUUUGUGGGAUGGCCAGACAACACAUGCAUUCCAGAUGCCCGCCCACCUUUGUGUGAAUGCCGCCAUGUCGGCAGCCGCCGCCCCCGCUGUGUCGAUGAGAGUCGGCUCCAGGAAGGAGGUGGCACCUGACCAUUACCCAAGCACACACACGGACGCAUCUCGCCAUGAUACGUGCUUCACGAUGACGUUGCGUGUCAGCUUGCCAGUACCGGGGGUCUGGGCCAUCACGGGGGCCGCCAGGAGGCAGCAGAGGGCGGUCAGGAGCACGACGACGGGCUUCAUUAGCAGUGGGAGGGGGAAGAAAGGGAGGGAGGGAACUUCUCU